UGCACAGCACUCACACACACACACACCCACCCCCUCUUCCAGAGCUCCCCUAAGAAGACUUGGACAGUCUCCUGGACCCAGUGCAGUCAAGCAUGGAGGCUGAAGCAAGCAGAGGGGGCUUAGAAGGGGAGCUGAUUGCUCGCAUGGCUAAAAGACAGGAGAGGAGGCGUCAAGAGCUGCUGGCGUUGGCUCUGGGAGUCAAGAUUGGGUGCAAGGGAAAUCUGCUGUGGAAGCCUAUUAAACUGCUGGCCUCCUGUCCACAGAUCUCCUCACCUGUGGUGCGACGGAGUGCCUUGAAAGACACGCCUGAGAAGCUGAGCUCCUAUGAAAAGAUUCACAACUUCAAGGUACACACCUUCCGUGGGCCACACUGGUGCGAGUACUGUGCCAACUUCAUGUGGGGCCUCAUUGCCCAGGGUGUCCGUUGCUCAGAUUGUGGCCUGAAUGUACACAAACAGUGCUCCAAACUGGUUCCCAGUGACUGCCAGCCGGACCUGCGCAGGAUUAAGAAAGUGUACAGCUGUGAUCUCACCACCCUUGUCAAAGCUCACAACACCACAAGACCCAUGGUGGUGGAUAUGUGCAUUCGAGAGAUCGAACUCAGAGGUAUGAAAUCUGAGGGUCUGUACAGAGUGUCUGGCUUCUCAGAGCACAUUGAGGACGUUCGACUCGCUUUUGACCGAGAUGGUGAGAAGGCGGAUAUCAGUGCCAGUGCCUAUGCAGACAUCAACAUAAUUGCUGGUGCUUUGAAGCUCUACUUGAGAGACCUUCCCAUUCCAGUCAUUACAUUUGACUUGUACUCCAAAUUUAUUCAAGCUGCAAGACUUCCAAAUGCCGAAUCCAGACUGGAGGCGAUACAUGAGGGAUUGCUGCAGCUUCCCCCGGCGCACUACGAAACCUUACGUUACCUGAUGGCUCACCUCAAAAGGGUAACAACAUUCGAAAAGUACAACCUAAUGAACGCAGAGAACCUGGGGAUUGUCUUCGGCCCGACUCUUAUGCAGCCUCCGGAGCAGAACGCUUUGACAACUCUGAACGACAUGAGGCAGCAGAAACUGGUAGUGCAGCUCAUGAUCGAACAUGAAGAUGUCUUAUUUUGAGGAACUGGAGGCGAUGAACAAUUAUUUAUUCUGUCAAAGAGGAAAGUCAAGCCAACUGUAUUUAAGUGAUACUCUGAAAUGUUUGCGAACAAACCGCAUAUGAAACACUUUGUAUU